AAAGAUUUGGCCGUCUACGAGUCGGAUGUGUCCGUAGAGUCCUACCUAGCUCGGAUCGAUGUACUUACCAAUAUAUACGCGGGGUCGAUCGAUUCUGCCAUCAAUAUGCUGCCUUCCUAACAAGACCGCCCUACUCGAUCGUCUUCUUCCAAUGUUCCACGAUCUGAUCUGACAUACCGACGGUGGGGGGUGGACAUGGACAUGGAGCACACCGACCUGCUGGAGGACAUACUCCGCAGCCUACCGCCGCGCUCCCUCGCCAUCUGCCGCAGCGUCUGCAAGGCAUGGCGUGCCACCGUCGACCACCGCCGUCUGCUGCGAGCCGACCUGCUCCCGCUCUCGCUCGACGCUGUCAUCUACAACAUAGACAAGAUCGAUGCCCCGAAGCUCUUCGCGCGCCGAUCAACGACGCGCUACAUCACCAGCAGGCUCGACUACCUCGACAACCGUCCAGACUACGCGGAGGUCAUCGGUGAGAUCACGGACUACUGCAACGGCCUCCUCUUGAUUGAAACCGACAAGGUGGCCAACCCCGCCACGCGGCAGUGGGCGUCCUUGCCCCCACUGCCGUGUGCGUGCUUCCGGCGAAAGUCGACCUGCGGGCGUUGCUACCGCAACGGCUACCUCGUCUAUGACCCUACCGUCUCGCCACAUUACGAGGUGUUUUACGUUCCCCGUGUGCCCCGUAAUGUACCAGCUGAGGUGGCGUCCAGCAUGGAGUGGCCACCUUCGGUGUAUGUCAUGCAUGUUUUCUCCUCGGUGACAAAUUGUUGGAGGGAAAGGUCAUUUAGACGAGAAGGAGAUGCUGCUGGGACAAUGGCCGACAUGAACUCACAUUGGAAAUCUGACGGGGAAUUGUACUACUCCGCUCACUGGAAGGGCUCGCUCUAUGUCCCUUUAAGGCAUAAUACAAAGGGUGGUUUUGUAAUGAGAAUAAAAUUAUGGAAUGAUAAUUACCAAGUAAUCGAGCUGCCAAAAGGAGGCAAAGGAUCACUAUUUCGUUUGGGAAAAUCGAAGAAGGGGAUCUAUUGUGUGCAGGAUAUCGACGGCCGAUGCACAUUUAAGAUUUGGCUUCUUUCUGAAUCACAUGCUGGCGCGAUGGACUGGGUUUUAAAGAAUGAAAUCUGCUUUGAGACAGCAUGGAGAAUAUAUCCUUGUAAACGUGACAGUGGACCAUGGAUCUCACAGUCGCUUGAACAAAAGGAAUCGUUGUUGGAAAAAGACGUCAACCUUGAAGUUGCAAAUAAAUACAACGAGGCACUAUCCAAAGAUGAUUUUGAAUGGGAUUCCGAUGAUGAAAAUGCUGUUACCACUGUAGACUGGCCCAAAAAGGGCAGCCCUGGUGCUCCAGCUCAUCUUUUUUGGUGUCUGGGAUUCCAUGCUUACAAAGAAAUUGCCCUUUUUCAUGAUGAUUACAGAAGCGCAACAUUUGCUUAUUAUUUAAAUAGCUCAAAGGUUCGAUACUUGGGAAUAAUGGAGCAUGAGUAUUCAGACGUGGAUAUUUCCUAUGCUUACACACCGUGUUGGACGAUGGACUUGCCAGGAAGAAAAUGAUGCAUGCAAAGUUGUAUGCGUAUUUGGCUAGUCACGAAUGUCAAACUUCUCUUUGCCUUUUUAAAUAUAUGUAGAUUAGUGUCUUUUAAAUGUACUUCUAUACAUUUUUUACUCUAAAAAAUGUACUUCUAUACUCCCUCCAUUCCAAAAUAUAGUGCGCCCGCGCUUUCUGAGGUCCAACUUUGAUCAUAAAUUUAACCAACCAGACCAAUUGCGGCGGGAGAAAAAUAUAUAUAAUAAAAAAACUUCUUUCGAAUAUGAAUUCACUG